CGGACUCGCUCAAAAAUAAAGAAUCGCAGCUCAUCUCGAAUUCUCUAAACUUCACAACACAAAUAAACAGCCAUGUCGAAUUUCAACAACACUAUUCCAAACCCGACUAAAAAUGCUCCGGGAGUCAGUAGUACUCCACUUGCGUUCAAGCCCAGACAGGUCGCGAAGCCCGCCAGCUCGACGACGACGACGUACUCCGCCGCGCCAGUUAUCUCGAGACCGCCGGUGAUUUCUACCAGCGCCGCCACUAUUUCCGCGCCGCCUACUCUGAAUAGAGGUGUGGGUGGUAUUUCGUCGCCGUCAUCGGCUGGAGCGAGUCCGGCUGCCAGAUCUGGAUUUCAGAGGGCGUUCGCGCCUAUCGGGUCGUCGUCGGCGUCACGCAGUGGGGGAAGCGCGAUUGGAACUUCACGGCCGUUCAGCAGCGUCAACAGUGGCAGCAGCAGUAGCAAUACAAGCCGAUUCAGUUCACCCGCUCCAACUAUUGGGAGCACAGCGCAGACGAAAGGGUAUUCUCACGACAUGCUCGAUCAGGCGAACAUAGCGCAGCAGCAGUCUGCGUAUAUUCCUCAACAUAUGCGAUCUUCCACUCCAUCCUCAGGCGCUUCGGGAUCCAACAACAGCUACGCCGCGAGUACUAGUGGCGCAGCUGACGGCUCUGGGGAUCAUAAGAGUUUGUAUGAAGUAGGUCCUGACGGCAAGCGUGUGACUGUGAUUCGCGAAGGCGGCGGCCGGAAAUGGGAAGACCCGACUCUUCUCGAAUGGGACCCGACGCAUUUCCGAUUAUUCGUCGGAAACCUAGGCGGCGAUGUCUCAGACGAGACCAUGAAGAAAGCGUUCGUCAAGUACCCUUCAAUGUCGCGAGCGCGCGUCAUCCGCGAAAAGGUAUCAGGCAAGACAAAGGGCUACGGGUUUGUGGCGUUCAAGGAUCCGGACGAUUACUUUCGUGCGUUCAAGGAGAUGAAUGGGAAAUAUAUUGGUUCGCACCCGAUUUUGCUGCGGAAAGCGAAUACGGAGAUCAAGGCGAAAACCGUCAAGAGCAAUAAGCCGUAUGAGAAGGCUACCGAUGAUAUUUUGAAAGCUUCAUUACACAGUUCAAAGAUUCACAAAAAGAAGCGAUGAGCGAGAUGCUGCACAGAAAAUCUCCCCUACCAGGAUCUAAUCACGAUGUAACCUCAGAUAGCGAUUCUUCUACCAGUGUGUUUAUUCAAAAAAGAAACUAGUGGGUUCGCAGAUGCUGGAGGAUGGAUUGGGUCGAGUGCUUUGUCGAUGACGGUUUAAAAUUACUUGAUCUAAUCUGCGUUUUCUUUUCUCUUGCCCAUUUUUGUAUGAUAUGGCUUGAUGUAUAAUAGAUAAAUUAAUUAUUAAA